AUGACCGCCGCCACCACCACCACCCAAGGCGCAUCAAACGCCGCGUCAUCGUCAAAGCGUUCUGCUUCCGCUUCCGCUUCAUCCCCACCACCAUCAAAGCGCGCUCGCUCCAUCCCAGCCGACGAUGACCACGAGGAGGACGAAGAGCUCAAGGAGCUUGACCCUGCAGACCAUGAGAUGACCGAGGCAGAGCUUGCAAAGAAGGCGCGCCGCGAAGCCAGGACUCUUCGGAAUCGCGAGUCGGCCCAGCGCAGUCGUAACCAGCGCAAGGCUCACCUGGCUUGGCUCGAGGCUCGUGUCGUCGAGCUCGAGGCCGAAAACCGAGCCCUUCGAUCAGGUAGCGCCCCUUCAACGCCCAGCAAGACGCGCGAGUCUUCACCUGCGCACAGCGUCCUAUCCCUUGCCAGCGACCUUGGCAUCCCGUCCGAGAUUGUCAAAGCAGGCUGUGGUGUUUCCCUCGCAACCGUCCUGCCUCCUCCUGCCGAUGUCCUUACCGACAUCCCCAACAUUGAGGCUCCCGCGCCUGCCACCCCGGCUCCCGCCCCGCCACAGGACCUCAUGCAGUCGCCCAUGACCAUGGCUCCCAGCAACCCCGCACAGCUCUACCUUCAGAACGAGCAGCUGCGUUGGCGCGUCAACAUGCUCGAGAACCUUGUCCGCCAGGCUUCAAGCAUCUUUUCGUCCUGCCCCACCGGCAAUGCCACCCCCGCGCCCUUCCUUCCCCCGGCCUUUGCUCUGCACCAGCCUCCGUCCCAUCCCGGCAUGGAGGCCACGCUCUCGCCGCCCCUUUACGCCUCUGAGCCCCACCACCAGCCAGUCCUAUGUUGA